UUUUUUCCAAAAUUAUGUAGAGACUCUUGAAAAUCCAAAAUGGCAACUCUCAAAGAUCAGCUGAUUCAGAAUCUUCUUAAGGAAGAACAUACCCCCCAGAAUAGGAUCACAGUUGUUGGGGUUGGUGCUGUUGGCAUGGCUUGUGCCAUCAGUAUCUUAAUGAAGGACUUGGCAGAUGAACUUGCUCUUGUUGAUGUCGUGGAAGACAAACUGAAGGGAGAGAUGAUGGAUCUCCAGCACGGCAGCCUUUUCCUUAGAACACCAAAAAUUGUCUCUGGCAAAGAUUAUAAUGUGACUGCAAACUCCAAGCUGGUUAUUAUCACAGCUGGGGCAUGUCAGCAAGAGGGAGAAAGCCGUCUUAAUUUGGUCCAGCAUAACGUGAACAUCUUUAAGUUCAUCAUUCCUAAUAUCGUAAAAUACAGCCCAAACUGCAAGUUGCUUGUCGUUUCCAAUCCAGAGGAUAUCUUGACCUAUGUGGCUUGGAAGAUAAGUGGCUUUCCCAAAAACCGUGUUAUUAGAAGUGGUUGCAAUCUGGAUUCAGCCCAGUUCCGUUACCUAAUGGGGGAAAGACUGGGAGUUCACGCAUUAAGCUGUCACGGGUGGGUCCUUGGGGAGCAUGGAGACUCCAGUGUGCCUGUAUGGAGUGGAGUGAACGUUGCUGGUGUCUCUCUGAAGAAUCUGCACCCUGACUUAGGCACUGAUGCAUAUAAGGAACAGUGGAAAGAGGUUCACAAACAGGUGGUUGACAGUGCCUAUGAGGUGAUCAAACUGAAAGGCUACACCUCCUGGGCCAUUGGACUGUCUGUGGCAGAUCUGGCUGAAAGUAUAAUGAAGAAUCUUAGGCAGGUGCAUCCAAUUUCCACCAUGAUUAAGGGUCUCUAUGGAAUUAAAGAUGAUGUCUUCCUUAGUGUCCCUUGCAUCUUGGGACAGAAUGGAAUUUCAGAUGUUGUGAAGGUGACUCUGACUUCUGAGGAGGAGGCCCAUUUGAAGAAGAGUGCAGAUACACUUUGGGGGAUCCAAAAGGAGCUGCAGUUUUAA